AUGGAGCCUCCUCCGCUCCGGCACCCGAUUCGCAAGAAGAGAAGCACUCGCGCAAGCAACCUCACAAUCUCGCUCGCACCUGAACUUGCUCCUCCAUCAUGUCGAAGCAUCACUUCGCCCGUGAGACGUUCGCCUGCAAGGCCCUCCCCCGCACAGCAAUCAGCGCCCUCGUCUCUCGUUUCUCCAGUUCGCAGUACCACCAUCCAGCAGCGCAACUAUUCCGGCCCGUCGCCCGACUUUCUAGCUCCACCUCUCAGCGAGUCGCUUGUAUCUGUUGAAUGGAUCUGGGGCACGCCGCCAUUGACACCCUUCCCACCCUUCGCACGCUGGGUGAGUGACGACGAAGACAAUAGCUGCGAUGUUCGUCGCUGGGAAGAAUCAGUUCAACGAUCCACAUCACAAAUGGACAAUAAGCAACAUAGCUACGAUGGUCGUCAUGUUCCCGUCACUAUAGUUCGGCUUGAAGGGAGAUGGAUCAUCAGCUCUGCCAUUCACGGGUUCGUUCUCGUGACGCAGUUUGCUGUGUCUCUUGGUGUUUUCAGUGCUCUUAUGUGGGUUACUGUGUGGAAGGAGGAUGAGCCCGGAAACGACUUUACUGAAUGGCUAUGGACGUUCGUUGACCCCAUCCUUGUCACGCUUCUUCUUCUCUGCUCUGUCACUCUUCUCGCCCACGAGGUCAAGCUUCUCUCAUCCGUCGCGCUCUUGUAUCUUCAAUCCCUCAUUCUCGCCGUUACGACCGCCGCAAGCGUCGUUCUCUGGGCACGCUGCUUCCAAGAACAGAGCCCCGAGGUCAAAGGUGUCUUGAUGGGAUGUAACGUGAUGCUUUGGGGGCUUGCGUUGUUUGGCUUCAUCAGAGCUGCUGUGGUGUGGAAGGCUGAGUUGAGUGAGGACGGGGGUAUGGAUGUUGAGAGGGGUAUGGCGUAUGGGACGUUUGUGCCAUGGGGUGUUGGUGAUGAGAGACGUGGUUCUCUUUGA